AAGAGAGAAACACAUGACUAAACCUUAAAUAAAGUUUGUUUUGGUCAAAGUGAAACUAAAUCUGUGUAAAUUAAGACGGAGUCUGGCGGGCGGUGAUGGUGGCUGUUUAUCUCUCGUGGUGAAAAGUUUCUGAUUAACUCAGCAGCGGGUCCUAGUCUGUGUCUGAGUCCGGAGAUGAAGAGGAGACUCCUGCUGGUGUCGAACUCCACCCUGCACGGCGGAGGUUACCUGGACCACUGUCUGCACAACAUCUCCGACUUCUUUGGAAAAGAUGUGAAGAGGGUCCUGUUUGUUCCGUACGCUCUCCACGACAGAGACGCCUACACCAAGACCGCCAGGGACAAGUUGAAGACUCUGGUCUGUGGUGGGUUUAUCUCGGCAGGUUAUGAGGUGGACGGUAUCCACGAGGCGUCGGAUCCCGUCGACGCCGUCAGGAAGGCGGAGGCCAUUUUUAUAGGAGGAGGAAACACUUUCCGCCUGUUGAAGAGUCUCUAUGACAACAAGGUCGUGACAGAGAUCAGGAGGCGGGUGCUGGAGGACGGCGUCCCCUACAUGGGUUCGAGUGCCGGCACCAACGUGGCGACGGUCAGCAUCAACACCACCAACGACAUGCCCAUCGUCUACCCCCCCUCCUUCGCCGCCAUCGGCCUCGUCCCCUUCAACAUCAACCCGCACUACCUGGACCCCGACACCAACAGCCGCCACAUGGGGGAGACCAGAGAGCAGAGGAUCACUCAGUUCCACGAAGAACCCCAAACGCCGAGUGUUCUGGGUCUGAGGGAGGGCUCCAUGCUGCUGGUGGAGGGAAACAAAGCCACGCUGCUGGGAACCACCAGGGCCAGACUCUUCACACGGGGAAAGGCCUCCGUGGAGUACGACCCAGGAAGUGACCUCAGCUUCCUGCUGACUCACUGACCAAUCAGAAGAAAAGAACAUCAUCAUGAUUUUACUUCUAACAAUAUGGAUUGGAUUAUUCUGAUUAAAAGUGAAUAAAUAAAAAUAAAUCCUCUGAG